UUUCAUUGCCUACAAACUGUCGAGUUUUCCUGAGCUAGUACUCGAGCUCCAUCCUGGCGAUCUACAGAACGCUUGCGUCUGCCUACACCGCUAUAGAUUGUACUUUCAAUUCGAUAUUCAACAAGAUAGCUGCAGCAAUCGGUCUGCAAGCGCUCUGCUUUCUCUGGCGGUUCUAGAUUUGCUUAUCUUCGCAUGAACGAAUCUUCAACCAUGCUUCCAAUACCAGCGAGGAAAGGCAGCUGCAAGGCCUGUCGGGAGUCGAACUCAGAAUGCGACAAGAAGAGGCCAAGGUGCAGCGAAUGCGUAGCUAAGAACAUGGCUUGUGGCGGUUACGAUCUCGGUAAUAUCUUCAUCAACAUGAACUCUGCGGGCCCACCUCCUGUCUGGAGUAGAUCUCAAAAUGCUCAGAAGUACUUGGUCCUGGAUUGGGCGUCCCAGUCAGAUGAUCAAGAUGAAGAGGCUUCAGGGGCUGCCAUGGCUUCUCCCCCACCCCUGGAUGCUAACUCAGGCAGCAUUCACGGGAUGACCGAACUAUUUCUCGAACUCUACUAUCGCCGUGUCGGUCCGGAUAAGGCGUCCACAGAGCCUCUGCGACCUGGCUCAGAGUGUGGAGGUUGGCGUUCGCUCUUACCUCAAUUAAUUGGACAGUCUCCAAUACUGGAUACGGCUAUCAGAGCAUUGGCGUCAUGCUUCAUUGCGACUCAGUACCAUGACCAGAACCUCCUAUACCAAUCACGAAACCUAUAUCUCUCUGCGCUACAGCAGGUGCAGCAAGUACUACCAGAGCAGAAUUCAGCAACGCGGAGGGAUGUACUGGCGACGACGCUCGUAAUGAGUUCGAUAGAGAUCUUCAUGGGGAAUGGUGGUGCUGCUAGUCAGCUUACGCACAUCGAGGGAGCCGCGCGGCUUUUAUACUUCGCUUUUACACAGCAAACCUUCGAAGAGCUUCACUUGUACAUACUCAGUCAAGGCUUCUUCGUCGCUCUUGCGACCCGCUCCCGCUUCGCAUUCGGCAGGCCCGAAUACCGAUCCCAGGUCCGCCAGCUCUUCUCCAUCCCCCGCACAUACACCAACGACCACUACUUCCGCUGGACUGAGAUGAUGCUCCCUCUCCCAAGCAUCCUCUACUCAGCCGAUGGAGUCUCUUCCGCGACGCCCGGCGCGUCCAUCCUCGCCAUGCUCGACGACCUGACCGUCCUAGAACAAACCAUGUUCUCCUGGUACGAGAACGUGAAAGCCACGAUCGCAGGCGCGUGGACGUUCCCGACGGCCCAAACCGGGCGGGACGUCGUUCCCUUUCCCCUCCAAUUCAUCUCCAUCGAAGCCUGCACAAUCUACAACCUCUACUGGAUGUCGCAGCUCCUCAUCCUCGACACUCGUCGCUCCCUCCUCUCCUCCAUCCCCACCCACCACAUCCCCCCCUACCACACGCACCCGGACCCCGUGCAGAUCGCAGAGUACGCCUCCCUCAUCUGCCGCUCGUUCCAGUUCUGCACCCAGAACCGCAGCUUCGCGGCCACGGAGAACAUGCUCACGCCCAUCUUCAUGGUCGCGGCGUUUUAUAAGCGCCAGGGCGACACCGAGCGUCUGCGGUGGUGUGUGAGGAACUUGGAGCGCAUUGCGGACGAGCAGAAGAUUGGGUUUCCGGGUGAGUUGGUGAAUUAUGCGGAGGGGACGGUGUAUGCGGGGGGUCCGAGCGAGUUUUUGGCCGGCGUGUGGGAUGAUGUGUGAGGGGUUUGCUUUGCGCUUUUGUCGUUCUGGCGAAAGUGGAGUCGUCGAUGGUGGGGUUGGGUUCGUUUUGAAGUUUACAUAAUCUUCUUUCUUUUCUAGGGUCGUUUUGGGGAUUUAGAAGCAUAGCGUUUUGUUUUUCCUGGCAUAUAGACGGAGUAUCAUUUUGGUUUCUGGCGUUUUCGGUUGUUCGGGAGCGGAACGGACGCAUGGCAUGGAAUGGCAUAGCAGGAUGGCGUGGCGUU